GCGGAAGCAGACGGAGAAGCACAGUGCGCACUACAUCUAAGGUGUGUUGACGGGCUCGACGGUUGGUCUAGAAAGUUCUAGCAAGUUAUUCCGAGGGCGAAACGUAUUCAACCGGGGAAAAAAAUGUCUGUUAUUUCGGAGGAAGGCGUGCGAGGUGAGAACCUUUUCAAAGAUAUUAACGCCGAAGACGACGACUGGCUGCCCACGGAGAUCGAGAGCAUGUGCAUGAACUGCCACCUGAACGGCACGACGCGUUUACUCCUCACCAAAAUACCCUUCUUCAAAGAAGUCAUCAUCAGCUCGUUCAGCUGCGCCAACUGCAACUGGGCCGACACCGAGGUCCAGUCCGCGGGCCAGAUCCAGGAGCAGGGCGUCUGCUACACCCUCAAAGUGAAGACCAAGCUGGACUUGAACCGGGAGGUCGUGAAGGCCGACAGCGCGACCACCAGGAUCCCCGAGCUGGACUUCGAGAUCCCUCCCUUCACGCAGAAAGGCGCCCUCUCCACCAUCGAGGGCCUCCUGGACCGGGCGGUGACGGGGCUGGAGCAGGAGCAGCCCGCCCGGCUGGAGGCCGACCCCGUGGCGGCCGAGAAGAUCGGCCUCUUCAUCCGGAGGCUGAGGAGCCUCAAGGAGGGCGAGGAGGAGUUCACGCUGGUCAUCGAGGAUCCGUCCGGCAACAGCUUCGUGGAGAACCCGGCGGCGCCCCGGAAGGACGAGGCGCUCGCCGUGACCCACUUCAAGAGGACGGCCCGGCAGGACGCGCAGCUGGGGCUGAGGGCGGAUGAUGAUGUGGAGGAAGAGGAGGAGGCGGAGAAGGAGGAGGAGGAGGAGGAUGCCAACGACCUGGACACCAUGAGAGGCGAGGUCCUGGCCUUCAACACCAACUGCCCCGAGUGCUGCGCGCCGGCCUCCACCAACAUGAAGCUGGUCCAGAUCCCCCACUUCAAGGAGGUCAUCAUCAUGGCCACCAACUGCGACGCCUGCGGCCACCGGACCAACGAGGUGAAGUCCGGCGGCGCCACGGAGGCCCUGGGCACCCGGAUCACGCUGCGCGUCACGGGCGUGGCCGACAUGUCGCGCGACGUGCUCAAGUCGGAGACGUGCAACAUCGCCAUCCCCGAGCUGGAGUUCGAGCUGGGCAUGGGCGCCGUGUGCGGCAAGUUCACCACGCUGGAGGGGCUGCUGACCGACGUCAAGGACCUGGUGGUCGCCAAGAACCCCUUCGUGGUCGGCGACAGCGGCGACUCGGAGCGCGUGCGGAAGCUGCAGGCGUUCGGCGAGCAGAUCGACCGGAUCGCGGCCGGCGAGCUGGAGGUCCACGUGGUGCUGGACGACCCGGCGGGGAACAGCUACCUGCAGAACGUCUACGCCCCCGAGCCGGACCCCGAGAUCACCGUGGAGAGGUACGUGCGCACCUACGAGCAGAACGAGGAGCUGGGCCUCAACGACAUGAAGACCGACGGGUACCAGGAGGAGGAGGAGGAGAAGAAGAAGGCGACCGACGGGUACAAGGAGGAGGAGGAGAAGAAGGAGGCGACCGACGGGGACCAGGAGGAGGAGAAGAAGGAGGCGACCGACGGGUACCAGAAGGAGGAGAAGAAGGCGACCGACGGGGACCAGGAGGAGGAGAAGAAGGAGGCGACCGACGGGUACCAGAAGGAGGAGAAGAAGGCGACCGACUGAUGCCAGGAGGAGGAGGAGGCGACCGACGGGUACAAGGAGGAGGAGAAGGAGGCUACCGACUGAUGCCAGGAGGAGGAGGAGGAGGCGACCGACUGAUGCCAGGAGGAGGAGGAGGAGGCGACCGACUGAUGCCAGGAGGAGGAGGAGAAGGCGUCUCCUCAAAGGACUGAACCAGCCAAUGAGAGCGUGUCACGUCAACACGCCCAGUGUCCGUCACACCGUGACAUAUUUUCAUGCUUUUUGUGUUUAAGUUGAGGCGUCAUCAGGUCAUCGGCAGACAGACGUGUCAAAUGUACAGUGAAAAUAAACGAGUUAUUAAAGAGGAGACCUUCA